AUGAUGAAUUCCUCUCAGGCUGAAUGCCUCCUUCGCUCAUCAAGCUGCGUAGAUCGGUGGGAAGCGCGAGAAGAAAUCAUUGCAUGUUUUGAAAGAUUUGGAGACGUCGGUGCAGCCCUGGCUUCCAGAUCCAGAUGCCCGAAGAUUGACUGGAAUGAUGCUAUGCGUUUCGAUCCGAGCCAGGACUCUACUGUUGAGGACCUAGAUUAUUUCUUCAAUGGCUUGUUUCUUUUCCAACACGAGCGAUUGAAUUUUGAAGAAGUGUCGACCCCGAAUACCUCUGCAGAAUCAACUACAAUGGAUUCGGAGGACUCGGAGUGA